AAGACACAGCAGCAAAAGUGCGCAAAAAACCCACCUGACCGGAAAAAUGGCUGACUCAGACUGCUGCCCGGAGUGCAACCGCCCGACGGAGCUCGUCUUCGACCACUCCGCCGGCGACACCGUCUGCACCGAAUGUGGCCUCGUCCUGGAGGCUCACUCCAUCGACGAGAGGUCCGAGUGGCGGACUUUCUCCGACGACUACUCCGACAACGACCCCGUCCGCGUGGGCGGUCCGGCCAACCCUCUGCUCGCCGACGGCGGACUCUCCACCGUGAUUUCCAAGCCCAACGGCACCUCCGGCGAGUUCCUGAAUGGUUCCUUGGAACGGUGGCAGGGCCGUGGGUCCAAUCCUGAUCGGGCCCUGAUUCAGGCCUUCAAGACCAUUGCCGUAAUGGCUGAUAGGCUGGGGCUGGUUGCGACUAUUAAGGACAGAGCCAAUGAGAUUUACAAGAAGGUGGAAGAUCAGAACCAUCUGAGAGGGAGAAAUCAUGAUGCAAUUCUGGCAGCUUGCAUUUACAUUGCUUGUCGUCAAGAAGACAAGCCGCGGACUGUGAAGGAGAUUUGUUCAGUUUCCAAUAGAGCGACGAAGAAGGAGAUUGGUCGCGCGAAAGACUUCAUUGUCAAGCAACUGGAGCUAGAGAUGGGUCAAUCUGUGGAGAUGGGAACCAUUCAUGCAGGGGACUUUCUGAAACGGUUUUGUUCCAACCUUGGAAUGUCCAAUCAAGCUGUGAAAGCGGCUCAAGAAGCUGUGCUGAAAUCAGAAGAGCUUGAUAUAAGGCGAAGCCCUAUAUCGGUAGCAGCAGCAGUGAUUUUCAUGAUUACUCAGCUCUCAGAUGACAAGAAACCUCUCAAAGAUGUGUCGCUAGUUACAGGAGUGACAGAAGGGACACUCAAGUACUCCUACAAGGACAUAUAUCCUCAUGCUUCGAGGAUUAUACCGGGUUGGUACGCCAGAGAGGACGAGCUGAGGAGCCUCGUCAUGCCAUAAGAUAUAGCAGCAAAGGUUCUUGUUAGGUCUCAGAUGCUGUUUUCUUGUUCAUCACCAAUUUGGCAGCAUCAAAGAAAAGUUGUUACCUUUCACCAAUUUCAGUUAGCAUUUAGCUCAUCGUUAAAUCGAGUCAGAGUAGUAGCCUGCAAACUCUUUCAACUUAGAUGCCCUCUAGAAGCUGAAAUAUGCAUAGCAGAGGUGUUUAGUUAGAGUGCAGUUGUAGCUAUCAGCCAGGAAGUUAGGUUGAUGUGCUAUGGAAUUCUCUCUUUGGU